AUACUGGAAAAUUAUAUGGGAAUUCCCCAGGACAUGACAAAUUGGUUCUAUAUUACGCUAGUUCGAUGGAUAUUUUUAAGAAGAUUUGCUUGUAACCAGUCUACACUUGGAAAAGGGAGGCAACUUCGUAACGGGUCCGGAGUUAUCGUCGGAUAUAUUUUCUACCUAUAUUUUCCGGGUGUCUGCAAGUCAUAUUCAGUGUGUUUAAGAACGGAAAUGAUGAAGUUGGCUAAGGCUAUCCAGCAGAUUCUUUACUACAUCCUUACUGUAAUUAGCUGGAUUGUGACACCUGUAGCCAGCGCAAUAUUCUCCUGGAUAUAUGAUGGCUCCUCUAAGGUUGUACCCCCUGUUGAAGAUGAUGUCUUACUUCAAAGUGCUGUAACUCUUGCAAGAAAAAUAAGGUCAAGGGAGUUGAGGGCAGUGGAUGUAAUGGAGAAGUAUAUAAGCCGAGUGACAGAGAUGCAUGAUCAUCUGAACACUGUUGUAGCAAGAAGGUUCUCUGAGGCGAGGGAAGAGGCUCAAGCUCUAGAUGAGGAAUUAGACAGGAAGGCUGCAGAUGAAAAGUUCUCAGAGAAAAAUAAACCUCUGCUUGGUGUUCCACUGUCUGUCAAAGAAGCAUUUUGUGUCACUGGAAUGCCUAACUCAGGUGGUCUUGUAUCUCGUGGUAUAUUCCGAGCAGAGAGUGAUUGUCCAGUUGUUGGCAGGUUGAGAGAAGCAGGAGCUAUACCAUACUGUAUGACCAAUGUUAGUGAACUCUGUAUGUGGUAUGAGUCAGCUAAUAGACUUUAUGGGCGCUCUAAUAACCCCUACCAUACUGGGAGAAUUGUUGGAGGAAGCUCUGGAGGUGAGGGUUGUAAUAUAGCCUCAGGAGGAGCAGUUGUUGGUAUUGGUUCGGAUAUAGGAGGUAGUAUUCGUAUGCCUGCUUUCUUUAAUGGUAUCUUUGGACACAAACCUUCAAGAGGGUUAGUACCGAAUGAUGGCCAGUUUCCAAUAGCAACAGGUAAAGAUAGAGAUCUGAUGAGUACAGGACCUAUGUGUAGGUACAUGGAUGAUAUUCUGCCCAUGCUGAAAGUAAUGGCAGGCUCCAACAAGCAGGCAAACCUUGGAAGACAGGUUGAUGUGUCCCAGUUAUGUGUUUAUAACAUUGUGGAUGAUGGUGGUAGUUUACUGGUGUCUAAAGUUGAUACGCAGCUCAAACAAGCUCAGGCUAAGGUGGUACAUUUCCUGGAGACGUCAUUGGGUGCCAAGGUGAAGACCAUUAGUAUACCAAAGUUCAAGUUUGCUGUAGAUAUUUGGGCAGCUAAAAUGACCACAUCAGGUGGUACAACAUUCUGCGAGUACAUGGGGUAUGAGGGACCAGCCAUCAAUCCACAUCUAGAAUUCCUUAAGUGGUGUAUUGGUCGGUCUAAACACACCUUACCAGCAAUUGCCCUCGGCUGUGUAGAAAAAUUGGACCAUCUAUUAGAAGGGGUUAAUCGAAAGGCACUGGAAAGUUUUGAGAAACUUGAGACAGAAAUGAAUGAAUUGUUGGAUGAAAAUAGUGUAAUAAUUUAUCCGUCUCAUCCGAAAGUAGCACCUUACCAUAACCAACCGUUAAUGUACCCCUUCAACUGGGCAUAUACAGGAUUGUUCAAUACGCUUGGACUUCCAGUGACCCAGGUCCCAUUGGGUUUGAGUAAAGAAGGACUGCCCCUUGGAGUACAAAUUGUAGCUGGUAUGAACCAGGAUGCAGUCAGUAUAGCCGUGGCACAGGAACUAGAAGAUGGUCAAAUUGCUGGCUGGGUUAACCCUGGCACAGACUCAUUCUAGUCUUAUUUACAAUUUUCUUAACUACUUAGAUAUGAAAUAGAUAUUUUAAUGAUAAGUAGAAAUUAUUCUAUUAUUAUUUAUUUACUCCUUAUAUCAGUAAUCACUUUUAGAUCAAUCAUUUAGGUUUUUUUUUUCACAAUAGCUUGAUCUGGGAUGUUGUAUUCGGCUCGAGUAAAGUUUUCUGCAGUUGUAAUCAUAGAGGUACCGAAGGUGAUCCAGCUGUUGCAAAUUCCACAAGAGCUGGUUGCAUCCCAGAUCUAGCUUCUUUUUCUUUGUCAAGCACACCUGUGAUGAGCUCAAAACAGCCAUCAAAAAGUGACAAAGUCAAAAAGUUUUGUGUUUAUGUGUUAGUGCAUGUGUCCCUCUGUCCAGUUAUGCCUUGCCAUAGCUUUAUCAUACAUAGAGCAUUGUUCAGUUUGACUAUUCGAAGAACAGGUAAAACUGUUGCUCUCAGUUGUGUGUCAGCAUCUGUGUCAAAGUCUAUGUCCCAUUUGGUUAGUUUUUGUUUUGUAAGCUGGUAACUUAGUAACGGAUUGUAACGUAACACAAUUGUUCACUGUGACAUGCAUUGCACGGGUUCUAUAAUUACUUUUUUGUUUUACGAAUUUAUGCCCAUUUUUAAAGGUGAUAGAGGUCACUUUAGGUCUUGUCAGUGUUGUAACUGUAUGGAUUAAUAUUUUUAAUUGGCUGUAUUAAUUGAGUCAUUGAGGUGUUGUGUCAGCAAAGAAUGGACUUGACAUUGUUGCCCUUUGGACAUUAAAGUUAUAUCUUGUUGUUUUUGUUCUAGCAAACAAUUACUAUUAUUACAUGACUGUAUUCUAUUGUUUCUCUGAUUGGCUGAAAACGGUUUGAAAAGUAAUGAGUACAUAUCAUAUCAACUUAUCUUUGGUUAUAAAUAGUAAGAAAAUUAAAAUAGAUCAAAGAAGGUGCUUGGAAAACCAAUAUCAACCUGAUUUGGUCUAAAUUGAUUCCUUAUUUCUUUAUUAAAGAUACAGUUAUAAUAAUAAGACUGACUAUACAUUUAUUCAUGUAAUAAAACAAUUAUUGACUUUUUCAUAGGUUGAUAUCAACCUUCGGCUCAGUGAAUAUAACUCUUUUCGGGUUGAUAAAUCCUGAUGAAUCCUAUCAACCUAUGAAAAAGCCGGUAAUUGUAUAUAAUCUGAGAACUGUUUAUGUGUAAAAUGAAUGUUGAUGAAAGUAGACCAGGCAAACAGAAUUCCCAUCUAGUGCAAUAUUGCUAUUAAGUUUUCAGUCUAUAUUUAUUUCUGUAAUCAUGCUAUACUUAAAUAGAGUAUUAUAGUAUAUAAUAUUAUAUUAUAUGAUCAUUAUAUGCUAUUAAAGACCUCAUAGACUGUUGUAAGAAAACCUUGUUUUAUUAAUAGUAGGGAUGGCAACAGUUAACCGGUUAACCGAGUACUAGUUCGGUGUUCCGAAUAUCAAUUAAGAAAUUUAGUAAUCGAGUACUCGGGGAAAAAAAAGAAGACUAGAUACAUUUCAAUUUUAACGUGGCCGUUUAAACGACACCAAAGUGUCUACCUGUCAUCUUUUCGAUCAGUUACCCGGAUUAUACAAACACGAAGGUGUGAAUUGAUGCACAAUAGUCAAUUAUACCCCUGACAGGUAACACGUGUUUGAAAAAUCGUGAUCGCUGUAAAUUGUAAUUAUGCCGCUUAUUGCAGUACCGCUUAUAUCAUAAACAAUUAGAAAAUCACACUACAUCUUUGUUCAAACAUUACAAUUAGCAGUACAUCAUAAAGAACAUAUCCUUUAUAAUUUAAAAAGUAAACCAGUCCAAUUUUAUGCCAACUUCACAGUUUGCUUGCAGUUUAAAAUAUAGCAUAGCUGACAAGAAACAUAAAGACACAUUUUUUUUGUGUUUUGAUAUUUCUUACAUUAUUACUUGGACAUAAAAAGUUACUUGUAAUAUAUCAAUCAACUGUGA